UCCUUGCGCCUGGCGCUGAUUGGUUGGCGCACAGACAUAAAGUUCAGGUCCGAUUCACGCGCAGGAGCAUCCACAGUCAGAGCAGCUGAACGGGAGGAUUCUCUAAACUUGAGCUGAUCAUUUCCUCUGCGGGUGAUUUAUUUUCUGACUAUCAUGAAGGAGAGAAGACUCGCGCAGCGCGUGGCGAGGUGUAAGCUGGUGCUGGUGGGAGACGUCCAAUGCGGUAAAACUGCGAUGUUGCAAGUGUUGGUGAAGGACUGCUACCCAGAGACGUACGUCCCAACUGUGUUUGAGAACUACACAGCAUGCCUGGAGCUGGAGGAGCAGCGCGUGGAGCUCAGCCUUUGGGACACUUCAGGCUCUCCGUAUUACGAUAACGUGAGGCCUCUCUGCUACAGCGAUUCUGAUGCUGUGUUGUUAUGCUUUGACGUCGCCCGACCCGACAUGGUGGACAGAGCUCUGAAGAAGUGGAAGGCAGAGAUCCAGGACUUCUGUCCCAACCCUCGUAUCCUCCUCAUAGGCUGCAAGAUAGACCUGCGCACAGAUGUCUGCACGCGUAUAGAGCUGUCCAACCAGAAACAGGCUCCAGUCUCCUACGAACAGGGAGCGUCGCUGGCCAAGCAGUUUGGAGCCGAGGCCUACUUGGAGUGCUCAGCCUUCACGUCAGAGAAGAGCGUCCAGAGUGUUUUCCGAACUGCGACUCAGGCCUGCACCGACAAAUUCCAGCAUGCCAGUAAGCCCAGUCCUGCCCGCCGCCUCUCCAAAAGACUGCUACACCUGCCCAGCAGGACGGAUCUGCUGUCCUCCACCUUCAGCAAAGGGAAGUCCAAAAGCUGCUCCAUCAUGUGAACACAGCUCGGAGUGUGCUGAAGCAGGGAGAACUGUGCUGCAGUCGGUUCAGCAGGUGUUCAGGUUGUGCAAAAGGACGGAGCGGUGGUGUGGACUUUUUAAAGUCCUCUUUUCUGCAGCAUCCUCCUUAAAGUCCUGUUGCCCACAGUUUCUGCUAAAAGAGAAAUGAUUUGAUGUAGAGAGCAGAGCCCAACACACGUCUAAAGGUGCAGCUUAAAUAAGGCCAGUGCCUUUGCUUUUCCACAGAGGAAGUGGAUGCAAACCAUUUAACAUUCUGAUGGUUCUGCCGUUACCCGUUAGACUCUGCCUGAAGGUCCGUUAAAGGUCACUACGCAGGCUGCGUAAUGAGAAAAUACACUCUGAUUGUGAUCAUCGCUUGAUGGCGGCACCCUUGAAGAAAUACACCCAACCCCUUCACAGUGUUAUAUUUGGAAAUUAAAGCUGAUAGCAGGAGGAAAGGUGGAAGAAAAGGGAGGGGUUUGGCAUGCAGAGGCAGUGAGAGGAUAAUCUGAGUCCAUCUGAAGGAGUGCAGUGACUACGUAUACAUGCAGCCAAUAUCCGGGUUAUGAUCGGGUUAAGGUCGGUAUUCGGGUUUCUGAGUUGAUCAGAAUAACCCGUUUACAAGCAUAAAUAGAAAGAGUUACCUCUAACUUGCAUAACCCGAUUUAAAUGCGGACGUUGGGGUAGCGUCAGGACGUAUGGACUACGUCCAGACGCAAUAUGCGUCAUUUCCGGUUCUUCUUGUUCCGGUAUCCGUGAAAACAACAACAUGUUUCCCAGUUCGGAAGAGAUAGCGACCGCGUUUGUUUGCGCUUUAGUUUCCUUGUCACUCCAAAAGUGUGGUGCUGUGCCGCGACUCGCCAUGUUGCUCCCAACUUGUUGUUUUCUUCCGGUGUUCUGGCGCAUACAAGACAUCUCACUACUCAAAAGACCAAGAUUCCUUGCGAACAGAGCAUGCGCAGCACACACGCUUUGAUGGGGAUAUCCCGGUAUGCGUUUACACGACCAAACAUUCGGGUUAGAAAAGGGUUACCCCAGGUGUAGUAACCGGGUUUUUAAAAACCCGGUUAUGAGCAUAUCCGGGUUUUUGGCGGUGUUUACAUGGCCGUGCGGAACCGGGUUAUUGUGAAUAUUCGGGUUUUAAAAGGGUUACUGGCUGCAUGUAAACGCACUCAGUGUGACUCAGCACUUAUGGGGCAUUCCCAUCUGUACCGGGUCGGCCCGGGCCGGGUAGCCCCAGUCGGCCCCAGCCUGGCCCGGUUGAUUCCACACAUCCUUGCCUUAAGCCCAUGUGGGCUGAUUCUAUCCACCAAUCAGAGGCUUGCUCUAAUGGAAGGUGUGAAUUUGCUGUCAGCAGUGGGUGUGUCGGCCCUGGUCGGCCUGAAGCAGACUCCCUCGAGAAGAGGGCUGAGAAUGAGCCUUGGUUGGCCCGGAAAAAUACCAGGCCACCCAGAUAUGUAAACAACCUACUCUAGCCGGCCCGGGCCGACCCGGUACAGAUGGGAAUGGCCCAUUAGAUGAGCCUCAAGAAAUGUCCCAGUCCCCUCUGCGUCCUCCUUCGGUCAGUAUAGGACCUGGUUUAGGCCUGGUCUGUGAUGAAGAAAACCUCUCAGCACUUCCUGAUUCAGAUUCUUUCUCCAUGGACAACUGAGUCCUGAUUUGGGAUCUGUAGACCUUAUAGCUCCAGGUUAAACAAUCAUGUAAUUGUCCAGAUGAUAAACCUCAAAUCAGAUUAAUCUUCUCUUCUGUCCUUCUUGUCCAAACUUGGCACCUAUUUUAUCUAUAAUUCACAUUCUUUCUGAGCGAUAACCCUCCAGAAAGAAGUGAUGGUACCUUCCUGCUGCUCUCAUCAAGGAUCCACUAAGAUUACUUGUAUAUGUUGAAAGGCUGGUCUCCUUAAAUCCCUGGCUGAAGUGACCUCUGCUCCUGCAGAGCUCCUGUUGAACUCAUUAAAAUCCUUUUUCUCACCAAGAUGGAUUACAUUUCAUGACUUGGGCCAGAUUUGUGUGUUUUUGAGUCCCACAAACAGCAGUGGCGUGUCCAGAUCUUUUAAAAUGGGGUGGCCCAGGUGAGGCACAACUUUGUGCAUGGGUGGCACCAAUGGUUAUGCUUUUUUUGUUUUACCCCCAAGACUUUUGUGGACAAUGAAAAGCCUAUUUAAAGUUAAAUUAGGGUGGUGGCACCUGGGGUGGCCAAUCAGAUUCCUAGGGUGGCAUGUGCUACCCCAGGCCACUCCCUGGACACGCCCCUGACAAACAGGCCAGUCUUGUGGAACAUCUUCUAUCUAAACCCUGGUAGACCUUUCUGUUCAUAUCAUCUUCUGGCAUCAGCAGCUGUUGACAGUUCGGCUAAUGGAGGACUCUGUGAUUUGUAGACCUGCUCCGGGAAGCUCCGAGAUGUCCAGACAGAGGAAUUUAAUGUGUUGCCUAGCAACAGUGGGAACAGGGGUGGCGCCCAUCUCAGACGGAGGGAGGGGAUGGCUCUUGAGUGUUCCUCACCUUUUAUUUGUAGCAUUAAGCCUCAGCAGACAUGACGGCUGGACGUAUCAGCACCUUGUCCAUUUGUUGUGUGACGUCUCCGGAGAGUCCCAGUGUCCUAAACAACGUGGCACCGUCUCAUAGUUUUAACCUGUGCUGAACUGUCUCUGUGAAACUGUUCACCAGAACCUCCCAAAGGGAGGAAAACAAGCUUAUGGCUUCAAUUAUUAGGUACAUUGUGUAUUUGUUACUGUCAAACUUCCUUUAGUUUAAAUGCCUGAAGUUAUUUUACGUUUUCAUUCUGUGCUAAACCAAUUAAAGUUCAAAUCAUGAGGUCAAGUCCUUUUUAAGCUUUUAGUGUCAUAAAUCUCCUCAGGCAUACGAUAGCAUGAUAAACAACACCUUUAAAACAGGUAAACCCUGGAGACAUCUCCAGAAGUACCUGUUGACAGGAAACCCACCUCCAGGGAGAAGAGAAAACAUGUCUACAACGGUCACUGAUGGCGUUGAAAAGCAAAUGUAGAAGUGGGAAUACUGUGACACAAGCUCCAAAACUGGCAUAAUCCUUCUCAAGAGUCUACUGGAUCAAUCUGUCCAAUUGAAAAACCAAGAUGACAACCAUAUUUGGACAAUUUCCCCUGUCAUGACUGCUUUUACCCUUAGUCACAUGUAAAUGGCAAACUAGAACAUUUAAAUUUUAAAUGAUAGAUUGAGUUUUCUUCUAGUUUUGAACGAAUCAAAUAGACUCAAGUCCUGCGAGGCUUUAAGGAAUGUGCAGAUUGUGCUUUCUCCCAGGCUGGGGUCAUCUGGGGUCAAGUAUCUGUAACCAAUAAUGUGCAAUUCAAGCAAGAACUCCUUUGUCUAAACUUCCCUUCUGCUGACGGACAUUUUACCCAGAGUUUUAGGAACUAUAUCAUAGAGAAGCAAAUGAUUAUUUGGGAAAUUCUGAUUAAAUUCAAGGCCCUCUGAGAGCAUAGGACUGAUAGCCUGGCGGCUCGUUGUCUAUGUCGUCUUUAGGAUGGACGGUAUCAUGGGGUCAAGGGCACGGAGGUCCUCUAAAAGCGUAAGCAGGUCUCUCACCUUUGAGCCCAAGAAAAGAGAUGAAAGUCUUAUGAAGCAUAAUUUGUAAAAGAUUUGAGCAAACAAAACACAGAAUGUUAAAGAGCCACUCAGCCGGUGUUCGGGUUGUCCCUUCCAGGCUUCUGUAGUCAAACCAUCAUCGUUUUCAAACACUAUUCUACCUGUAGUAGGCUUGUUCCUUUCUGACAGCAGAAUGAUGUAAAUGUAAUAGUUUGACUGUAAAAAUCUACAAAUGUGACUUUUUCCCUCAAAGGCUAAUUCUCCAGAUAAACUGUAUUUUCCUUCCUGA